AAGAAGAGACCUAAGAAUCUGCCGAGCUCCUCAGUCCAUAAGAAGAUGUUCUUUUCUGAAAAGAGGCUCGUUGGCCAAGUCUCACGCUUACUGGCCCUGGGCAGCCUGAUGCUCUGUGCCGUGGCAGUGCUGAAAUACUCCAGCUCGCAGUGCGAAUUCCAAGACCUGGGCCAGGACAGCAUUGACCAAGGGAACCAGUACUGCAAGGACCAACUCUAUGAGUCCAUUCGUCUGCCCCGCCGGGGAAACGUUAGUUGUUCCCAGCUCGUCCGCGGAGACCCCGAAGCCAUCCAGGAAGCUCUGCUGAGCCGCCUGCAACGGAAAGCCGAUGGGGACCACUUGCAGGAAGGCCACUACAUCAACAUGACCAAGGACUGCGAGCUUUUCCGAUCCAGCAGGAAAUAUAUCGAGUUCCCGCUGAGCAAAGAGGAGGAAGAGUUCCCCAUCGCUUACUCCAUCGUCAUCCAUGACAAGGUGGAGAUGUUUGAGAGGCUGCUGAGGGCCAUCUACACUCCCCAGAAUGUGUACUGUGUCCACGUCGACGCCAAGUCUCCGCAACCUUUGCAAGAAGCGGUUCGGAGGAUCGCCUCCUGUUUUGGGAACGUCUUCCUGGCCUCCAAGCAGGAAAGAGUGGUGUACGCCUCUUGGAACAGAGUCCAAGCCGACCUGAAUUGCAUGGAAGACCUCCUUCGAAGUCAGGUCAAGUGGCAGUACCUCCUCAACACCUGCGGGACCGACCUCCCCAUCAAGACCAACGCGGAGAUCGUCCGAUCCCUCAAGGUGUUGGACGGGAGGAACAACAUGGAGGCGGAGAAGCCCUCAGAGUAUAAAGCAGGCCGCUGGAAGUAUCACCACGAUGUGACGGACUCUGUGGUCCGGACCCAGACGGAGAAGAGCCCUCCUCCGCAAAGUUCUCCCAUGUUCACAGGAAAUGCCUAUGUGAUCCUCAGCAGGGGGUUCGUCCAGUAUCUCUUCCAAGACCCGAUGGUGAAGCAGUUCAUAGAGUGGUCCAAAGAUACCUACAGUCCUGAUGAGCACAUCUGGGCCACCCUGCAUCGCAUGCCGGGAGUGCCAGGUGGGGUGCCUUUCAACAGCAAGUUCGACCUCACGGACAUGAACGCCAUCGCGAGGUUGGUGAAGUGGUCCUACAGCGAAGGGGACAUCGCCAAGGGAGCCCCAUACCCGCCUUGCACGGGCGUCCACAGGCGGGCCGUAUGUACUUAUGGGGCAGGCGAUCUCCAUUGGAUGCUCUCCCAGCACCAUCUCUUUGCCAACAAAUUUGACUCCCAAGUUGACAAUACCGUCAUCGAAUGCUUGGAAGAGUACCUGCGUUACAAAUCAAUACAUGGAAAAACACUCUGA